AUGUAGCCUUUCAAAGAUGUCCAGAUCUUUUUUGAAGUCUCAGCAGUGACUUGCCAGAAGAUGAAAUGCCUGUUCACACGGUUCCUGCAAGAAGCCCCCCUGAGGUGCAGGGGGCUACUGGGUUCCAGAGGAAUUCUUCACAAAAUAUCUCCUCCAGCAGCAAAAAGUUUGGAGAGCAACGGAAAUCAGGGGAAUCAGAGGAAGAAAAAGAUAAUCUAUUCUCAUGCUCUCAGAAUAAGGCCAGAGAAGUAAACAGGACUUAUGUGAUUUCUGCCUGUAAAAAAGCUGGUGAUACACCGAUUAAGUUUAAGCCUGAAGAUAAAUUAAUGCUUCAGGGGAGAACCGCAGCAGGCAAAGAAUCAGYUUGCAGUGGUGAACAAUUGAGCGAAAAAUCAGCGCAGGAUGCAGAAAAUGUACAAGCUGAGAAAAGGCUUAUUCUGCAGAGACGUGUGAGGACUGACCCUAUGGAGAAGAAUAAAAUAAAUUGGAAUGCUGCGUCUGGAACAGAAAGUAAAGGUUCUGUUAUUGUCCAAAGAAAUUCCAAGACUGUGCUUCCAUCAAGUACAGGAAGUAACGAUACCUGUUAUGCUAAACCAAGCUGUAGAUUAGCUGAAGGUCAGUCCAUUAUGAAGAAGUACUCUAAUCUGAGCAGCAAGGAUUCACUAAGUAAUGUUGAUGGUCUGUCUGAAAAAGAUAGCUAUGGGCAUUUAAAAUAUAGGACAAUCACUUUGGAUAAAAAGCUACAAAAUGAAGUUCCUAGAUCAGCGCAAUGGGUUACCUCAAAAUAUAGUAAUAGGACCCUGGGAGAACAGCUGAAAGAAAAAGGCAGUGUAAAUAAGGGAGCUGAAAAAGAAGGGUUAGAAAGCUUACCUAUAAAACACAGUGCCUUAGAAAGGCCAAGGACACCAAGAAAAGAUAAAACUGAAGGACUGAAGCUUACACCAAAACAUAGCACUCCUCAGGAUAUGAGAUUUUUUUCUGUGUCUGCUUCAAAGAAACAAAUAUCUUAUCCUCAAAUUGGAGCUAAAAAGAAAAUGAGUGUCUCCAGCUCUCCCUCYGUCAGUAGACGUGCCAAAGCAGAAGAGAACACAACGUAUGUGCUAGCUUCCAAGGAAGGGGCUCCAGCUGAGAGCAAUAGCACCAAGACAGACGUUUUCAAAGCGGAAAACAGCAAAGUGACUGUAGCUGUUCGUGUACGGCCUUUCAGUAGCAGAGAGAAAAAUGAAAAUGCCUUUCCUGUGGUCUCCAUGAGUGGGUCAGAGACAGUGGUACAAAAUCUGGACACAAACCAGGUUUACAGCUUCAGUUAUGACUUCUCCUUCUGSUCUUUUGAUAAGUGUCAUCCAAGCUUUGCAAGCCAAGCGAUGGUUUAUAACACUUUGGCAGUACCACUCCUUGAGAGAGCUUUUGAGGGCUACAACAUUUGUCUUUUUGCUUAUGGACAGACUGGUUCUGGAAAAUCAUACACAAUGAUGGGAUUUGAGGAAGAUCGAGGAAUAAUUCCAAGAUUUUGUGAAGAUCUUUUCACUCGAGUAGCACAAAUGGACAAGCAACARAUUUURUUUCAGCUUGAAAUGAGCUAUUUUGAAGUUUACAAUGAGAAAAUUCAUGACUUGCUUGGAUUUAAAGCUGGAAGUGGACAGAAGAAACACCCUCUYCGUGUAAGAGAACACCCAGUGUUAGGACCAUAUGUGGAAGACCUGACUGUGAAUGUUGUCAGUUCUUAUUCUGAUAUCCAGAGUUGGCUUGAGYUAGGAAAUAAACAGAGAGCAACAGCUGCUACGGGAAUGAAUGACAAGAGCUCUAGGUCUCAUUCAGUCUUCACCCUUGUCAUGACACAAACAAAAGCAGAAUCUGCAGAUGAAGAGCAAUGUGACCGCAGGAUUACCAGUCACAUAAACCUUAUAGAUCUAGCUGGUAGUGAACGCUGCUCGGCAACUCAAACUGUUGGAGAAAGGCUGAAGGAAGGUGUGAGUAUUAACAAGUCGCUGCUCACGCUUGGAAAGGUCAUUUCUGCACUCUCUGAGCAGUCUCAAAAUGGAAAGAAAACAUUCAUUCCUUACCGGGAGUCUGUCCUUACAUGGUUGUUAAAGGAAAGUCUUGGUGGAAAUUCCCAGACUGCGAUGAUUGCCACAGUCAGUCCAGCUGCCAGCAGUAUAGAAGAAACACUCAGCACUCUUCGCUAUGCAAAACAAGCUUGUUCCAUAGUCAACAUCGCUAGAGUAAAUGAAGAUGUGAAUGCCAAAUUAAUCAGAGAACUAAAAGCUGAAAUUGAAAAACUGAAGGCAGCUCAGAAAAGUGCUCAGAAUACUGACCCUGAAAAGUACAGACGUUAUUUGCAAGAAAUAACUUCUCUGAGGGUAAAACUGCACCAACAGGAAAGGGACAUGGCAGAAAUGCAAAGGGCCUGGAGAGAAAAGCUUGAACAAGCAGAAAAAAGGAAAUUAGAGGAAACAAAAGAGUUACAGAAAGCAGGAAUUGCAUUCAAAAUGGACAACCGUUUACCCAACCUUGUCAACCUCAAUGAAGAUCCCCAGCUUUCCGAGAUGCUCUUGUAUAUGAUCAAGGAAGGAGAAACAACAGUUGGCAAGCAUACACUAAAUUCAAGACAUGAUAUCCAGCUUUCUGGAGCACUAAUUGCUGCUGACCACUGUAUUAUAAAAAACACCRAUGGCCAAGUGAGUAUUAUCCCACUGAGAGAAGCAAAGACGUAUGUUAAUGGGAAACAUAUUUCAGACCCAACAGUUCUACAUCAUGGUGAUCGAGUGAUCCUUGGGGGAGACCAUUAUUUCAGGUUUAAUCAUCCAACAGAGGUUCAGAAAGUUAGGCCAUCCUGUGGCUCAACACUUSUAUGUGAUGGCCCAAAAGACUUUGAAUUUGCAAGAAAUGAGCUUCUUGUUGCACAAAGAACACAGCUUGAAUCGGAAAUUGAAGAGGCACGGCUCAAAGCCAAAGAAGAAAUGAUGCAAGGUAUCCAAAUUGCAAAAGAGAUGGCACAACAAGAGCUGACCUCACAAAAAGAAGUUUAUGAAAGCAAAAUAAAAUCCCUAGAAGCUGAACUGAAAGAAGAAUCCUAUAAGAAGCAAAUGCAAGAACUGGAUAAUCAAAAGGCUGCCAACAAAAUACAAGAGUUAGAAAAAGCAAAGCAAAAUCUUGAGCUAGAAGUCAACUUCAACAGGAAGCGUCUGGAAAUGGAGACAAUAGCUACUAAGCAGGCUCUAGCAGAUCAUACAAUUCGUCACGCAAAGAUACUUGAAGCUCUGGAAGCAGAAAAACAGAAGAUAGCUGAAGAAAUACAAACACUUCAAAAGAAUCGUGGAAGUGGGAAAAAGGCUACAACUAUUCCACUUAACUGGAAUUCACUGAAGCUAUCAAUGAUGAUCAAGGAGGCCAAUACCAUUAGCAAAGAGUUGGGGAAAAACACUGUUUUCUGCAGGCAUGACAAAAUGGAUGAUAAAACAGGAACAGCAACUUCUGUUCAGGUACAGGUUCGUAAUGUCAAAUUGGGAAUUGCGACCUUCUGGAGUCUGGAGAAAUUUGAAUGCAAACUAGCAGCAUUGAAAGAACUUUAUGAGAAUAAUGAUGGUAAUAAAGCUGCUGAUGUAUUUUGUGACCCUACUGAUGAGUGGGAACCUGACCUUUCAGCUGCUUCUGUUUCUACUUUUUCCAGGAGAAGAAGCAGAAGUUUCAUGAAGAACAGGAGAAUUUCUGGAUGUUUGUCUGAUGUAAAAUUACACUCGAUCCAGAAUAUAUCAGGCUCACUGAACAAAUCCAGCAUAUGCCCAAGUGCUUCUGAAUUGUUUCUUCCUGGAAUUUGCAAAGAAUCUGUGACUUCAGCUUUAGACUUGCUGGAACAGAAUCACGAAGGAGGAAAGAGCAUAGCAGAUAACCUUCUAACUUGUUUGUUUACCAUUUUCACGGGAGUAUCUGCCAUUUCAAAAGCCUAUGAACAGCAAGAUGAAGACUGUCAAGAGAAUAUUUUCUUUCUUGAUCGUGCUGCUCAGUCCUAUAGCAUCAGAAUUAUCUCUGCUUUUGACCAGCUUGUGGUCCUAACCAAGCUUUGGCUUGACAAUGUCCAAAAGUGCUCCAAAUCCAUAAAAAUGGAAGAAGAAUUAAAACAGGAAGUCAAGAACUUGGGAGGUUAUUUACAGUUACUUUUGCAGGGAUGUUCUUCAGAUAUAUUCUCAAUGGUGAUGGAAGCAUGGAACAAAGUAAACCACACAGUAAGACAAACAAUGAAAUAUAUAGGACACUUGGCAGUACUCAGAAGAGCUGAUAUUUCUUCUUCUGAAGAGAACAGCGUUAUAGCAACCAGCCUACAGAAAGAGUUUCUACUUGCCAUUUACCAUGGAGUAGGCUUAGGCCUGGACACUCUUCUGGAUGCAGUACAGGAAAAAUCAAGAGUGAUACAGAGAGAACUAGGGGAACAAUACUCACAGAAUGAGAUACAAAAUCGAAUAAAGGACGAUGCUGUGGCUUUAGCCAAAUUCCUUGGAAAUAACAUAUCUUAUUGUAGGAAGAAAGAAAGAGCAUCUCAGUUACCAGAGGAGGAAUGUGUGUAUCAGGAAAUAAAGAAAAGCAUGAGUGUUGCUACAAAAUGUUUUGAAUUGGAGCAGUGCCUUGCUGAAGUCUAUCAAAUAGUUUCUUCUACAUUACAAGGGUCAUACCAACAUACAAGUCAUUUCAGGAGUUGUGCAGAGAAGAUUUGCACAUUAGCUGGUUAUUUUAACAGUUAUUUCAACUUAAUUGUCUUGCCUUCUGCAAACAAUCCUAUCCAGAUGCCUUUUAUGAACUCUGAGUUGGAUUCUCUGGUUGAUUCCCUUGUUAUGAAUUUUGAGCUUGAACAAGGACAGCAGUUGCUGAAACCUCAGACYCUUUGUGGUGGAGCUAUUGGGACUCGAGGAAAAGAGGAUGAAACAGCUGGAGGUGAAUCAGUGAGGAAACAGAAGGGAAUUCUGAAAGAGCUGCAUGAAAAGCAGUCAUCACCUGCCCUUUCGGGGGAGCUUCUGCCCAGUAGGAUWCAGUGGGUGUAAGAUUUAUCACUCCUAUUGCUUUGGCUUUGUGAGGAUAUAUGUUCUGAAUUUCAUGAAGAAAAAGUCAAGUUUAUUAAGAAGYUAUUAGACUUGAACAUGAUUUCUUUUAAUAAAGAUCUUGUAUCARCUUCAGAGUAGCAUAUAACAAUCUAAAACAGUAAGUAAAAGAAUUAUUGAAGUUGAUGUGAACUGAGAUAUUAAAAACUAUUGUGGGGAGGGGGAAAUGAGAAAUUCUGCAAAUGCUUGUUWAGGACAUUUGUUGCCUCUCAGGCCUUUAACCUAAGAACUCAAGUUAGGAGGAAGGGAAGUAGAAGGAAGGAAGCAGGGGAAGGAUAUUCUUUUUAGAAGAUGACUGUAAUGUACGUUUUUGUAUAUAGUUAGAGAAGACUUUUUUCCCGUUAGACACUGAAAAGGUAGGCUAUGUGAAUAACACUUUUUUUAAUAUUGUUGCUCCACUCCUCCUGCCUUAUAAUCUAGUAGGGCUACUGCGUGUUUAAAGUGUUCUGUUAUUAAUUUCCUGAUAUGUCAACUUUUUUUUGAGGAAAUGUUUGUCUUCUCUGUASGGGGGAAAAAAAGAGAUACUAAAAUUUCUUUAUAGUGUUACUUGAAGAAUAUUUUUUUAAUGUAAUCCUUCUAAAUAUCUGGGUUUAGAAGCUGGCACUGAUAGCACUCCUAAAUUCGACCCCAAGUAGUUCGUGUUGUGUGGUGUUAAAGUCACUGCUCAAAGCGCUUUCAGUACUGUUGGUAGCUGCCAAAAGUGGCUCUUCCUGAGCAGUCUGCAGGCCUGCGAGGUUGUAGAGAAUUGCACUGAUGCAGAGUACACGAUAUAACUAGAGGGUGCAWGUUGCAGAUACAGGGCUCGAUGGCAAUAACCUCUUCGUUGUUUGAAAGUGGGAAAAUGAGGCAAUGACAGAAGGUUGCUAAAGCCCGUACAAGUUAACAGCKUGAAUUAAAACAAAUUUGAGGUGCUAUCCCUCGAUACAGGGUCUGGGAGGCUUGAUUUGCUUAUUGUAGUACUGAGCAAAUCAAGAGMUGCACUUAGAGUGUCUUCCUCAGAGCAAAGCCCCAAGCCAGGGAAAACAGGCAGCAUUUUGAGUAGCUCACUCUUCAAGGACACUUCAGGUGCUUAAAACACUUUUCCAUGAGUAGAUUACAGUGAAAAGAGGUGACAACUCUUCUUCAUAUGCUUUCAAAGUGGWGUUGGAAUUAAUGCUGUUGUUCAGUGUGGCACGUUCUUGUUUUGCUUGGCUUUUUCCUCUUUGGUGGGGAUACAGGGAGAGGUAAUGAUGCUGAACCUAGCAGCCUGCAUAACUUUUUUCAAUGCCAAUGUAGCUUAACAUUUUGUUGCAAAAUGGCUUGUAGCUCUGCCGUCCAAAAUACUUAAAUAUUUUUUAGAAUUUGCAUUCAGUUAAUAUCUUGCACUGUGGUCUUGCUUAAUUUCUUCCACUGUAAAGGCUUUUGCCAGUGUGUUUGAAGAUAACAAAGCACAUUGAGAUUUUUAUAGUUGUAAAUAUGAAGAGAAGGGUGGUUUACUUUUGUAAAUGUACUAUUUUAUAUGUGGCUGAAACCAACAUGACUAGUGCUUUUGAAUCAUGUGUGUAUAUAUAUAUGUGAGGCAUUGUAAAGAGUGCAAGUGAAUUAUGUAAUGAUGACCAAGUUUUCUAA